UGUGUUUGUUUGAACUAGUUUGAGGAAAGUAUGUGGCUUGUUAUAAACACCGGUAGCAGUCUGCUUCUUGCAGGAUGGGGUGCGUGUGUGUUCUGCGUUUUCCAGGAAAUAAUGUCAUAGGCAAAGAAUCCGACCUCUCUUCGGACUUUGCUUCGGUUAGUCACUGACUGAGAAGCUUGAAUUGACAGGAACGUGACGGGCAACAUCCUGCUUUUUUUCUUGUUUGACCAAGUCUUCUACAAUGGACACAGAGAUGAUGCCAAAAUUUACGUCAAAAGAUGAAGAGAUUGAAUACUGGAAAAAUUUGUCCUUCAAAUUUCAGAAAAGUUAUAAUGAUGCCCAGGAGGAGUUGCAGGAGUUCCAGGAGGGCAGCCGCGAGUUAGAGGCAGAGCUGGAGGCUCAGCUCGGCCAGGCAGAACACCGCAUCAGAGACCUACAGGCUGAAAAUCAACGGCUGAAAUGUGAGGUGGAUAAUCUGAAGGAGAAACUGGAGCAGCAGUAUGCACAGAGCUAUAAGCAAAUCUCUAUGCUGGAGGAUGACCUCGGCCAGACACGCUGCAUUAAAGAGCAGCUGCACAAAUAUGUCAGGGAACUUGAGCAGGCAAAUGAUGACCUAGAGAGAGCCAAAAGAGCAACAAUUACAUCUCUGGAGGAUUUUGAGCAGCGUUUGAACCAGGCCAUAGAGAGAAAUGCUUUUCUUGAGAGUGAGCUGGAUGAAAAGGAGUCUUUGUUGGUGUCUGUACAGAGACUAAAAGACGAGGCCAGAGAUUUAAGGCAGGAGCUGGCUGUUCGGGAAAGAGCCUCAGAUACCACCAGAAUGUCAGCUCCCAGUUCUCCAACACUGGACUCUGACAAAAUGGACACAGCAGUUCAAGCUUCUUUUUCCCUUCCAGCCACACCAGUGGGAAAAACAAUAGACCAUCCUUUCAUGAACCAGAAAGUGUUGACAACUGGUUGUGGGAGCUCACCACUCACCCCAUCUGCAAGGAUCUCUGCUCUCAACAUUGUUGGAGAUCUGCUGCGGAAAGUUGGGGCCCUGGAGUCCAAGCUGGCUGCCUGUAGGAAUUUUGCCAAAGAUCAGGCAGCAAGGAAAAACUACACAGAAAAUGGAAACCUGAUAAAUAGCAAUGCCACAAAGUUCUCUCAUUCUCUACACACAACAUACUUUGAUAAAACGACAAUGAAUGGCCUGGAUCCUGGUGCUCUGAGCGCAAUGACAUCACAACGAAACGUGUCCCCUCCUGGCAUGCUACCACUCAGCGUGUGAAAGAACCACAGCUGCCUUCAGAAUACAAGAUGUACAGCAGCGAAGAAAAUGGAAAGGACAUUGGGAAACCCUGCCACUUUGUGUGUUUGUGUGUAUGAGUGUAGUGCAGAGUUUCAUGUGUCUGAGUGUGUCUGGCAGAUGCAUGUCGGACACUGGCACAUGCGACUCUGUUGGCCCAGUUCUUCAGAGCUCUCAUUUUUCACUUUGCCGGUUUGCUUUUUUUUUUUUUUUACUUGAAGCCAGCGAAAUGACAAAGGGGUGUACACAGGCCUCUGCUUAUGUUUUGGCUUGUUCUAAGUUGCACAAAGUUUGUUUUGUUAAUUAAAAAAAAAAAUGGUUGAAUGCAAUUUUGCUUAAGGUCAUAAAUAUAUUAUAGGUUGAAUGGGCGUGUGUAAACACGUGUAUACAUCCAAGAAGCAGCCAUGGAAAAGAUUAGCGAUGCAUACAGCAUAUACCUCUUUACCUCUUGCAUCCAGAGUAACAAUCUAAUUAGGUUAUUUUCUACUGAGAGCAGUGGGGCAGUUGGCCUGGAAUGUACUGUUUUGGCCUUUGAAAACAGCAUGGAAAGAUCCCCUACUCUCAGUAGUGGCCCUUUUGAAUUAUUCACAUGUGUCUCUCUGCUCUGUGUGCUGCUUCAGCAGGCUGGCUGGAUAGCUACUGACAUAGAAAACCUCACUGUCACUAUAUUAGCUUUAGAUAGUUUGUGCAACAGUGAUAUACUAAAGUAUGUGCUAUUAAUUCGAACUACAGCACUUUACACAACACCACUAUUCUCAGUAGUACAUUUUAAUUUCACUUCAGCCCGCAUCCUAGCUUAGAAUGGUUAUAAUGAAGAUGAUACUGUUUUAUCUCUAGAACAUUAUAUGGCUAUGUAAACUGGUUAUGAUGCAGUGUUGUCAGUUGAAGUAUAUUGGUCAAGGAAUUGUUAGUGACUCCGUUAACCUCAUCCCCGUCAAGUGCUUCUUGACUUUGCUGGUUGGUUUGCCCUUCACUUUUAAUUUAUUUCAUUCACAAGUCUGAAUUUGUGCUUGUUUUUUUUUUUUUUUUUCCCAGUUCCGCUUGCCUGUACCAGCACUUUGUAACCCACACAAUGUUGGAGCACUUUUUUCCCCCUUUAGUAUUUAAUAUCCCACAGUAUAUUAAGUUAUUGAGCACUCUACUGAUUCUGCAAUGUUACAUGUAUAUAAGAUUGUAAGCAUUAAAAUUUUGCCCAGAAGAUUUGUACAUAUCAAGACUGGGUCUUGCAGCUCAUUAAUUUAUUUAAAAUUCCUGGCAUGUUUUUGAGAGGAAGAGUGAAUUUUACAUACUGUAUAUUGUUUCAAAAUAUAUUGAUAAAACAGUUGUCCAAUAAAGUUUAAAAUGUGAGUAUA